AUGACGGAGGAGCAGGAUAAGUCCGGCGCGGAGCCGCCGUGCAGUCCAGCCGGCUCGUCCAGCUCCAUGUCCCCAGAGGAGUCUGACUCUGACGCGCCGGCAUCCCCCGCCGGACCCGGCGUGAUCACGAAGCUGGAGCGCGAGGAUGAGCGGUUCCCCGUGUGCAUCAGGGACGCGGUGUCCCAGGUGCUGAAGGGCUACGACUGGUCCCUGGUUCCCAUGCCGGCGCGGGGCAGCGGCGCGAUCAAGAGCAAGCCGCACGUCAAGAGACCCAUGAACGCCUUCAUGGUUUGGGCUCAAGCCGCGCGCAGGAAGCUGGCGGAUCAGUACCCGCACCUGCACAACGCCGAGCUCAGCAAGACCCUCGGCAAACUCUGGAGGCUGUUGACGGAGAAUGAAUGGAAACCUCAUGGACCCCCGACACCCCCUACAACGCCCAAAACAGACCUCCAUCACGGAGGAAAGCCAGACCCCAAGCAUGAAGGCAGACGUCUGCUUGACGGCACGCGACAGAACAUCGACUUCAGCAACGUUGACAUCUCAGAGCUCAGCACGGACGUCAUCAGCAACAUGGAGGCCUUCGACGUGCACGAGUUCGACCAGUACCUGCCGCUGAGCGGCCACGCCGGAGCCGCUCCAGACGGUCAGGGCGCCAGCUCCUACGCCUCGCCCUACAGCCACCCUGCCAGCUGCGGGGCCUCCUGGAGCCGCAAGGGGCCCGUGGCGUCCUCGCCGCCCGGCACGAGCGAAGCCAGCCAGCACAGAGCUCGCAUUAAAACUGAGCAGCUGAGCCCGAGCCACUACAGCGAGCACUCGCCUGAGUACGGCGUUUACAGCGCUCACGGAUCCUCGGCCGCCUCCGCCUCGUUCGCCAGCGACUAUACAGACCUUCAGAGCUCCGGCUACUACAGCCCAUACGCCGGCUACCCAUCCGGUCUCUACCAGUACCCCUACUUCCAUUCCUCACGGAGGCCAUACGGGAGCAACAUCCUCAACGGCCUGUCCAUCCCGCCCUCCCACAGUCCCUCCGCCAGCUGGGAUCAGCCGGUUUACACCACGUUAUCCAGGCCGUGAGGCCCGGCCGCUUUGUGCUGUGUCCCUUACUAUAACGAAGGACGGUCGCCGUGAUUUCGCCAAGACAGACGUGUUGCUGGAAGGGGUU